AUAAAAAUGUGUUUCUUUUGUUGUAUGAUACGACAAUAAAAUUUUAAAGAGUAUUUGUUCUACAUUUAGGUAUUACAGUAGAACAUAUAAAGUGCAUUCGAGAAGAACAGUUGCCUUGGUGCAUUCAAUAUGCUGACACGGAUUGGGUUAAUAAUAGUGCAACCAAGACAGCUCUUUAACAGUAACGUUCUUGCACGCUAUUCAUUUCUUCAUUGAACGGUUAAACGUAUUUGGAUAUUACUUUGGCACAGUCUGAGUCGGUUGUCAACAUGGCAGACGACGUAGACACUGAAUCUGAUGACGAAGUCGAAUGUUCGGGGAUGAUACAACCCCCUCUCAUCAAACAGUUACAAACCAUUCUGAGUGAAUAUCCUGAUGACGGACAAAUUCUUAAGGAACUCAUCCAAAAUGCAGAGGAUGCUGGCGCCUCGGAAAUGAAGAUUCUCUAUGAUGACAGACCAGCGGUGCAAGAACCUUCAACAAAAAGAGUUCCGUUCAGGAAGUAUUUCAAGGGACCUGCACUUGUAGUUUACAACAAUGCGGAGUUUAUUGAAGCUGACUGGACAGGGAUCAAGAUGUUGUACAGCAGCAUAAAAGAGUUUGACAAGACCAAGGUUGGAAGAUUUGGUCUGGGGUUCAAAUCUGUUUUUCACAUUACAGACCACCCAGUUAUCAUCAGUGGAGACCAGCUUCUAGUAUUGGACCCACAUCAAGAUUCCUCAAAGGUCUGUCAGACGAUGAAACUGAAAAAGCUUCACAGAUAUAAGAAAAUGAAAGUAGAAGACUGUCUAAAGGCAUUCUCAGGGGUGUUUGGUUUUGAUCAAAAUACUCUGGAAUGUGGGCACUUCAAUGGAACCAUAUUUAGAUUUCCUCUGCGCCAAGAGGAGACAGAACUCUCAGACAACAUUUACGACAAGUCGAAAGUUGAUGACCUGUUUAUGUCGUUCAAGGAUGAGGCCCCAGUAUCAUUGCUCUUUUUAAAAUGUCUUGAAAGUAUCACUUUACUUCGAGAAGAAAAUGCGUAUAGAACUAUUGACAUAGGGGAGGUGCAUUAUUCUGUAAAAAUAGAUGGAACAACAAUCGAAGCUGUCCGAUCAGCCAGAAAUAUCAUGAAGUCGCAUAUUCAAGUUGAUCUUCAAUCCGACAUUGAAAACAGUUAUUUCAUGACAAUCUGUGUAAAAGAUCAUGGAUGCGAUGUCAUGAGCAAAUCAUGGAAGGUAAUGAAUUUGUUCCAAGGGAGAAGCAGCAUGUCCUCACAUUUGCAAAAACUUUCAAAUGAUGACUCUCUGUCUUACAGUCCCUAUGUAAGUGUAGCUAUGGAUAUGGAUUGUCCUACAAAUUUUCAAGGCCAUGUUUUUUGCUUUUUACCACUUCCACUGACAGAGGAAAACCUUAGUGGAUUGCCAAUUCAUGUCAAUGGAUUUUUUGCCCUUAACCAAAGCAGGCGUUUUGUGAAAUGGCCGACCACAGAUCAGAUACGAAAUCAUACCCACACAGAUAAGUCAAUUCAGUGGAACCAAGCACUCGUUAUUGAGGUUUUAUCAGAGGUUUAUUUUACUUUUCUACGAGAACUAGUAAAAGAAAGUUCAAAUAACGAAAACGACAAAGCUCAUGUAGCAACCGUGUCACGUUGCAUACCAAAUGUGAAUGAAAUUGACGAACACUGGAAAAUUCUUAUACUGCCCUUAAAAGAAAAACUAGAACAUUCCCCAAUAUUUUUUACCACCAACGAAGGAGGAAAAUGGAUUACCAAGGAACAGGCCGUGUUUUUCAGACAAACCAAAAUCGCGAAUAAAGUGGACACAACCUUAAGACGAAUCCUUGAAAUGUAUUGUCAAAAUACUGUAGAAGUGGAAGAGCAUGUAUGGGAUACGUUGCAACUGCAAGGGAAACAGGAGGUCACACCUGAUUUUAUAAACAGGCUUUUGAGAACCUCCGACGCCUACUUGAACUGCAGCGAUGACGAAAAAAUCAACCUUUUAAGAUAUCUUCUAAGCGCUGGACAAUACAAUGCCCUUGAUGAUCUUGCUCUUCUUCCUCUGCGCAAUGGCACCUACAUUAAAUUUGAUCGGGAUAACACUAGCUCCUGUGAAAUAUACAUGGUGCCCAAUUCGAAGAUUGAAUUACUUGUUGGAAUGGAAGAUAGGAUCUUGUCACCUCUACCAAAAGACGUUCAAGAUAUUUUUGUAACCAUCGUUGAAGAAGAUAUAUACCAGAUUCGAUAUUUGCAAGAGCAAUCGUUCAUCCUCCUUCUAAAAGAAACCAUUCAGAAAAAUAUAAGUGGCGACCAGUAUCCAAUAUAUUGGAAUAUCUCCAAUUCCAGUCUUGAUUUCAAUUGGCUAAGGAAAGUAUGGAAAUGCAUUGUUCAGGAGUUUCCGCUGAAGUUACAUAUAUUUCAAGACCUUCCCCUCAUUCCUGAAAAACUUCAUGACAAAGAGUAUCAAUUGCAUGCACUGAGAGAAGACAUAAUGAUUGGAAAUGUGUCAGAAAAUAUAUCCAAAUGCUUGGAUAUGUUCUGUAUCAAAGUGUUGAAAAAUGUGCCAGAUUUUAUUUUAGAUCAUCCCAAUUUGAAUCAUUUUGUUCCUGAUGUAUCUAUAAUGAAUGUAGAUAAUGCCAUUGGUUUGCUUGCUCAAAAGUUUACCUUGAUUAACUAUAUUCAACAUUUUAACAGCCAGAGCAGUCCGGAUCAGAAAAAUGAGUUUCUGUACUUUUUAUGCAAGGAUCGUCACAACUUCGGAACUGAUUCAUUGAAAGUAUUACAGAUGAUGGAAGUUUUUUCAACAUCACAGGGGUUCGGAAGCAUCAUUGAGAAUAAGAAUUUAUUGACAAGGGAGAUACCUGUACCAUAUCCUUCAGAAGUUAUUCAAACUUUAGAAAGCAACAUCAUUCAUUUUGCCAAGCAACUUGGAGCUUAUGAACUUCGGGAUACUGAAAUAUUUUCAAACGUUCUCAAAAGCGUAUUAGAUAAAAAGUACAACACAGAACAAGUGAACAAUAUUAUGAAAUUUAUCAUUGAAAAUAAAAUAUACGAAUUAGAUGAAACCCUGUAUCAGCUUGUAAGAAAAGUGCCUUUCGUCACAACUGAAUCAAAUGAACAGAAAACAGCUCAAGAACUAUUUGAUCCUCAAGAUGAUAUUGUUCAAAAAAUAAUUUCAGAUCGAUCACAAUUUCCUUCUCCAAGCAUCAGUUCAAAGGGACUUAAGGUGUUGCGAAAGUUUGGACUCAAAUCUCGAAAACAAGUGGCUCCAGAAGAUAUCUAUUAUGCCUCUAAGACAGUACAUGAAAGUAGCAUUACAAACAAUGUCAAUGCUGAAAUAAAAUCAAAGCAAUGUGCAAUUGUUACAAUACUGGCAGAGAGGGAAGAAUUGUUCACAGAGCAUAUGCAAACUUUAGAUGCUAGUCUGGAAAACGUACUGAUGGAUAUGGAAAUUGUACAGCCUCUUCAAACCCUUACAUCAUAUUUACCAAAUUUGUCAUGGUACAGAUGUAACCAUAUAUUUUGCAAGCCUUCUAAGGUAUACAAUGGUAAAUAUGGAGAUUUGGUUGGAUAUGUUGCUCCCGUUAUUUCACCAGACACAUCCCCUAUUCUCAUCCAAAAGUUUGGAUGGAACAAAAAACCAGAUUUGGAAAUAGUUUUACAACAACAUUCAUUAUAUGUUGACAACUACAAAGAAGAAUACAAGUCGGAGUACCUUCUUCCUAUUAAGCGGCUGUAUACAUAUCUAGCUGAAAUUUGUGUGUCAGCGAUUAAUGUUUACAUUAAAGUAGACAAGGUGUGGAUGGGAGAAGGUUUUGUUGAGCCAAAUCAGAUUUGUAUUGACCAAAGCUCAGAUGACAUUGAUUUAAAACCAUACCUUGUACCAUUACCUAAAGAAUUUCAAACAAAUGACAUGAAAUGUUUAGCAGAACGCCUUGGCUGCAGAAAACAGCAAACAACAGAGUGUCUUAUUUCUAUCUUGCACUCCUUGAAAUCUAAAUAUCAGACUUAUGAUGCCUUGAGUACUUGUAUUUUGCCAGACAUGGAUAUCAUAAUUAGAAUCCUGAAUAAAUUAAAAAAUGUACCUGGGAUUGAGGAAAUGGGUGUACCAAUACCCAUUCAUUCAAAAGAUAAAAUAAAAUUAGAGUUUCGAGCGGCCAAAGAAUGUAACUACUGCAAUGCCGAAUGGCUGAAAGAAUUAGCAGAGGAGGAUGGUGAAUUAAUGUUUUUUGUUCAUGAGGAUGUUUCAUCUGACACUGCAGCAAAAUUGGGUGUUCCUUCUUUAACAGAAAAUCUACUCUCAGAGACUGAAGGAAUUCAGGAAUGGGGACAAAAGGAACCACUGACUAGACGCAUUAAGAAUCUGCUUAAAGACUACAAAGAUGGUUUUGUAGUUCCUAAAGAACUUGUUCAAAACGCAGAUGAUGCAAAGGCCACUAAAAUUUGCUUUUUAUAUGAUGAAAGAGAGAACAAAGACUGUCGCACGAGACUUAUUGAUGAGAAUAUGGCUUCGUGCCAGGGACCAGCACUCUGGGCUUUCAAUGAUGCUUUAUUUUCUCAAAAAGAUUUAGAAAACAUAACAAAGUUAAGUGGAGCAACAAAAGAAAACGAUUUGACUAAAGUUGGAAAAUUUGGUCUUGGUUUUUGUUCCGUAUAUAACUUAACUGAUGUCCCCAGUUUCAUAACUGGUUCAAAUAUGGUGAUAUUUGACCCACAUGCAAAAUACAUCGGAAAGGCUGUUAAAAGAAAUAAUCCGGGAUUGAAAAUAGAUCUUACAGCAACAAAAAACAAGAUCUUGAUUCGCAGGAUGAAAAACCAGUUCAAGCCGUUUAAUGGAAUAUUUGGAUGCAAUUUGGAUACAGAGAAUCCUUCAUUUACCGGAACACUUUUUCGAUUUCCAUUUAGAACAAAUGAACAGGCUGCCAGCAGUGAAAUAAGUAACAAAACAUACGAUGAACAAGAAAUCAAAAGCAUGAUUCAAUUGUUUGUGAAAAACGUUGGCAACAUAAUUUUAUUUACUCAGCAUGUUAAAGAAAUUGAAUUUUACCAUCUACCUAAAGAGAGUUUAACAAAUAAUCCAAUUCUCUUGCACCGCGUGUGUCGAAAUGAAAAUUCGUCAUUUGAUUCUAAUAUACUACAGCAAUUUGGGUCAGCAAUGAAAAAUUAUCAACAAGAUUGGAGGAAGUGUCCUGAACAUGUUACGCAGACUUCGUUUGUUACAAUUUUGACAGAGGCCACCAAACAGUGUCGUCUUUUUUGUAAGUUAAAAAAUGAUACAUCAGAGACAAAAUGGAUAAUUUCAUGGGCAUCUGGUACAACAGUGACCUUAGAUAUGGGGGAAAAUAUGUCUCAUAAAGGGGUUUUGCCUCUGGCAAGCACAGCCAUGUAUCUUAAAGAAAAUGCCGAUAUCCUAACCUGUUCACCUCUAAAGGAGACACCAGAAGGAUUUUACAAAGAAAGCCAUAUCUUUUGUUACCUUCCAUUGCCAGUUAUUUCCCCUCUUCCAUUGCAUGUCAAUGGCUCAUUUGCAGUGUCAUCAAAUAGGAGACAACUCUCCUCAAGUACUACCGACGACAAAAAUGAUUUUGAGAACGAAUGGAAUUCAGCACUGCUUUCUGAUGCCGUGGUCAAUGCAUACAUUCAUUUGAUAGAGAGUUUAAAUGACAAUAAAAUUUUGUGUGAGCAAUACGAAACGAUAUGGCCGAUUGUUAACAAAACGCAUCAAUGUAAUUUGUACAACGCCUUUUACAAAAUGUUUUAUGUCUCAGUUGUACAGCGAGACAGCAAAGUGUUCUGUGGAAAGAAAAGAUGGUUGCCUUUGAGCCAGUGUAUUUUCUUGGAUCUUGAUUUACAAGGGUCAGUCAUAGGAGAAAUUGCUACAGUGGCAGCAACAAAAUAUAGGGAAAAUGAACAAGUUUUUUUAAUAUCUCUCAAAAAACAGAUUGUUGGUGGAUAUCUUGAAAUGUUUGGAACACUACCAGAAGAGAUUCAGACAAAGAUCAUUUCCUUUGAAGAUUUUUUCCUAGAUAUAUUUCUAAAAAACAUAGACGAUAAAUUCUGGACGUUGGAAAUGAGAAAAAGUCUUGUUCAAUUUGCAUUAGACAAGAAAAAUAAAAAUAUUUGUUCAAAAAUGAAAACAAUAAGAUGUAUUCCAACAUCUCCAAAUGGAACUCUGAAAAUGCCAAAGGAAUUAGUCAAAAGAAGUGGUAAAGUAGCAUCUUUGUUUUGUGAAGAGGAAGAAAGAUUCCCUGUCAAAGAGUUUGAAACUUAUCAAAGACAGUCUCUUCUAGAGUCGAUGGGAAUGAUGACAAAUGUACUUUCUGAUGAGCUUUUAAUCAAACGAAUAGCGUCAGUUUUACAUGUUGCAAAACAAUGCUUACAAUGUGGCAUUGAGAAAUGUAGGUGCAUUUUGGCAUAUAUUCAAGAAAGCAAAACAUUGAAUGAAGAUUUUGCCGAUAAAAUUAAGAAUAUUCCAUUCCUCCCUACAUUGCAAAAACCAAAAGACUGGCAUUUCCCUUGGCUUUUAGAUAAAAAGAACAGCAGUGCAUUCUCUGCACCAUGUUCAAAACAUCAAAACAAACAUUAUAAAUGUUUACUUGCUAAACCAGCUGAUAUUUACAUGGACAAUGUUGCGACCUUAGUAGGUUGUCAAAGACUUAUUAUUGAUAUAGAAUUGUUGACAGGUUCUGUGUCUCCCAGAAAUAUCCUUACAAAAAUAGGAGUAAAUCAUACUGUUCAACAUUCCACAGUAAUCCAACAGCUGAUAACAAUUUGUCAAAAUGUGAACCCUGAUUUACUUCCAGAUGCAUCAAAGCACUUGCUCGGUAAUAUAUGUAGAGAUAUAUACAGGUAUUUAGAUAAUGCAUGCAGAAAUAAUACUCUAGAAGAAACUGAAAAUCUCAAGAGUGUUCCUUGUUUACUGAUUGACGAUACCUUUGUCAGGCCAAAUCAAACCGCAUUUACUAUUCCUGUCAAGUGCAGUCCAAAGUUAUACGGAUUAGAUCGAAUCCAGUGGAAGAUAAAUGAAUCCUUUUUGAAAUCAAUUGGGGUCAAAAAAACAUUUCAUGAAGAAGACGUUAUACCAGUUUUGAAGGAAAUGGCAAAAGAGAAUGACGGAGUGCUGGAUGAAGAAUCUUUGGUACUUGCAUGCAAUUUAGUUGAGCUGUUGGCUAUUGUGACUGAUAGGCAUAGUCCUCCCGAGGAGUUUAAAGAUCUUUGUAUACCAGACGAAAAUGGAGUUUUGUCUCCUAUUCGAAACCUAUGCCGAGAUGACAGCACAUUGUUACGAAAAGGCAAGUCGUUGAAAUUCAUUCAUCCUAGAAUUAGAGGAAAAGAUGCAGAAAUUCUUGGGGUACAGUCAAAAAUAAGAGGGUCUUUAGUGCAAAAUUAUAUCACGCCGUUUGGACAAAAAGAGGAAUUAUCUGACAGAAUCAAAAGAAUUCUUCAGCAAUAUCCAUGUAGCGAAUCGGUUUUAAAAGAAAUGCUACAGAAUGCUGAUGAUGCUAAAGCCAGUGAGGUCAUGUUCAUUACAGAUUUUAACACAUAUGGGACUAAAAAAACCUUUGAAUCAAAAUGGCAUCCUCUUCAGGGACCUGCCCUUUUAAUAUACAAUAACAGUUACUUUACUGAUGAGGAUAUUGCUGGAAUUCAGCAUUUAGGACGAGGAUCUAAAGGAGAUGAUCCAACAAAGACUGGACAAUACGGUGUUGGAUUCAAUGCUGUUUACCACAUAACAGAUGUACCCUCGUUUCUCUCAAAAUCACCAGAUAAAGAUAAAGAUACACUCUGUGUUAUGGAUCCAAAUUGCAAAUACGCGCCUGAUGCAGAUGAAAAUUCACCAGGAGCCAGAUUUCUUGAUUUAGAUGACUUGCGCAAAUCUUUUCCAGAUGUUUUUACUUGUUACCAUGAGAAGAUUUUGCUUCAGUCAACUGGAACAAUAUUUCGGCUACCACUCCGCACGAAGACAUUUGCUGAAAAAUCUGAACUUUCAAAGAAAGAAGUGACUGAGCAUAGUAUCAGUGAAAUGUUACAUAAUCUUGAAUCAGAGAUUUCAAAGUCAUUACUUUUUCUACGAAAUGUACGGAAAAUUAAAAUUGCAAGCAUCACAAAUGGAAAACUUAUUGAAAAUACUUGUACUGAAUUGGUGAUUUUAAAAGAACAUCAAAAUGAUAAACUAGCUUUUGAUAAAUAUGUGGUAGAGAAGGCUACACAGUUUAAGAAAAAAAAGGAAAUUUUCAAUAAGGAGAAAAAAGACGUGCAAUAUCAUGUGACUUUAAAAAGAAAUUCGCUUGAAGAUCGCCAGUGGUGCAUUUUUCAGACAUUUGGCUUCAAAAGUGAAACUGAAAUUCCAGCUUCAGUGCAAGCUGCAUUUGAUGAUGAUGACUUAGGACUUUUGCCUCAAGGUGGAGUUGCAGUGCCUUUAGAUAAAUCUCUAUCAGACGCAUCUGCAUUUUGUUUUCUACCUUUACCUUGUGAAACCGGGUUAACCAUGCAUAUUAAUGGUCAUUUCUCUCUUGAUAACGAAUCUCGGAGAGGUUUAUGGAAGGAUAUCAAAAAAGCCUAUCGUACAGAGUGGAAUAAUCUCUUGCUGUGUCAAGUAAUUGCACCAAUAUAUGCUGAAGCUAUGGAAUAUUUGCAGAAGACGCUUGGUCUAGAUUCAACAGCAAGCGGUCGUCAAGCAGAAAUGCAGGACAAAAUAGACAAUUUUCACAGCUUUUUCCCUAAUAUUGAAGACGCUGGUGAUAAAUACUGGAAGGAUUUUGUUAAAGCUGUCUACGAAUAUAUUUCGAAGAGACAAAUGCGAAUGUUUUUAUCUCAUCGUUUUGUAGAUCGAACAGAUCUUGACGUUUCAUGUUAUUCAUUGUGUGAAGAUGAAGGAAAUGUACUUUUCUUAGAUAUAACAAAAAAUCACCAAGAUGAUGAUAUCAUUACAAUAUCUAAAAAUCUUGGAGCAAAGGUUGUAAACACUCCUUCAUGGGUCUGUGCUAGUAUUGAAAGCUCGGGUUUAGCUUUAAACAAGUUUAAUCCAGACAUAUUGGUAAGGUUUUUGAAAUCUUCAUUGUGCCAAAUAAAAAGCCGUAUAAAAAGUGAUGGAAAGCUAGAACUGAAUUCUUCGCCUCUAAUAACAGUUCGCAAUGUAAAGAUUUUAAUCGACUUUUGCAGUAACUGUGAAAACUUUUGCAAUGAAAUAGAAGGGCUACCACUGUGUUUAUUGGAAACUGGAAAUCUUGUAGAAUUUAGAUCGGAUAAGCCUGUCUUUCUGACUUCAUUCUCAGAUUUGAUUCCAAAGUCAAAAGAAAAAAUAUUACAUCCUGAGCUACAAAAACUACUUCGAGACAAAAAAGUUGGAUGCAUUGAAGUGAUGCAUCUUCAACAGUUGGUGGAACUUUUACCAUUUAACAUCAACUAUGACGUAUUUCGUCAUAAGAUAUGUCAAUGGAAUCCAAACCAGACUGUUAUUCCAAAUAAACAAUGGAUGCUUAAAUUGUGGACAUUUCUCAGAGAUGAGGUAGGAGAGAUCCGAGAUCAAAUAAAAAUAAAGAAAAUUCUUCAUUCAAUGUUACCCUGGAGUAUAAUCCCUACCACUAAAAUAUGCGGUAAACGAUUCUUCGGAUUUGCAAAUGACGUCAAAAAUGAGCUAUUUCCAUUGGAGAAUGCCAACCAUGUUAUUGAUUUGUCAACAUUUCAAGCUGCAAUGUUAUCAUCUUUAAAAAAAAUGAAUUUGCCAGUUUUGAAUAGUGAUUUUUUGCCUCACGUACAUCCACUGAGAUAUCUUGUUGCGUCUCAGGGUCGAGUUCUGGAUGUUUUGGAAUGUUUGUUUGUUCACAAGCAAAUACUUGAAACCAAUGAAGAUAUAAAUGUGAAUGACUGUGACACGGUUAUGGAGUAUUUCGCUGGUGGCCUUCAAGAGCUUCUUAAACUGCCAAACAGCCAAAAAUGUCUUACGAUGCUAAGAAAAUUACCUUUGUUCACGACAGUACAUGGACAAAAAAUAACUCUAGAAGAAAACCGUGAUAUACUAGCACUUCCCAGAGGUCUCCCCGCAGAUGGAAUAAUAGUAUGGGCCGAGAAGACAGGGAAAAUAUUACUACGUCAGAAUAAUAGAUUGAUAGACAUAUUUCAGCAAUUUAAUGUGGCUGAACAAAGUAUAUGUGAUUUGUAUGCUAUGCAUAUUCUACCGUUUUUUCAUAAUUUACCGAAAGAAAACAGAAUGAAACAUCUGUUAUAUAUACGAGAUGACUUACUAAAGAAUUCUGGAAACUAUGACAGUGAGCAGAACCUCCUCAUUAAUGCUUUAAAAAAGACACCAUUUAUACCUCAGAGCGAUCGAGCAUACUUUAAAGCUUCCUGUUUCUUUAGUCCAUUUAAUGAGUUGAUGACUGUCAUGUGCGAAGAUUCAUUGCGAUUUCCACCAAAGCCAUUUAAUAGUGUUGUAUGGAAAGUAUUCAUGACUACUGCUGGCAUGAUAACAGAAAUAACAACUGAACUGUUUUUAAAAUUUGCAUUGCAACAAGAAUUACAAGGAGAACGCGGCUUAACUAAAGACCUUGAAAAAAAAUCUGAAUGUCUUGUUCGCCAUUUAUUAAUCUCGUCGCAGCUCCACUCUUCAGAAUUCCUUAAACGAGUAAGUAAAAUCAAGUUUAUUGUACCGUGUAAAAUAGAAUCUUAUUACACCAAAAUUUGUCCAAAUCCAGUCGAUGAUUCAAACCAUUUGAUAGCAUUCGGCGGUUCGGUAAUGAGCACAUAUGUUGAUAUUGCAUGGACUCAAUAUAAAAUUUUACCGUACUUGGUUUCCUCCGAAAUACGUUGUCUCGAUUUAUCUCAACUUGAAGUUAAAAAGCCAUCAAAAGAAAAUAUAAAAAGGCACAUAAAAACAGUGUGCAACCGGUUAGGAGGGCUAUCUGAAAAAAGUCUUCUUGAUAUUGGAGUAGAGAAGAUUUCCAGCAUUAUGAUUAAAUUCUAUGAAUAUGCAAGAGAUGGUACAGUAUUUUCAUCAUUUGAUAUGGAGACAUUUAAAAAUAUUCCUUUUGUGUUCUUGUCAGAAUUCCCAGGAAUAUUUCCUUGCUCAAGAUUUGUUCUUCAGUUGGAAGAAGAAUUCAAAAUGAUUCCGUAUUUAAUGGAUGUGCCAGAUGACCUCCUUGGUUCCUUUACACUAUUUGAACGCUUUGGAGCAUCUAGAAGAGUUUCACCAAAAACAUUUGCAAAUGUUCUGCAUCAAAUUUACUUAAACGGUAACGAACUGAACCCAAAUGAACUGAAAACUGCUAAAAAAGCAAUGACAUUUUUCUGUAGGAGUCUCUCAUCGGGAAAAUUAGUUGAAGACAGGGACCUCUUCUUUCUAUCACGAAGCAAUAAAUUAGUUGAAGCUGCAUCAAUAGUUUAUAUUGAUAAUACAUCAUACAAAAAGGUUCUUCAAGAUGCAGAAAAGUAUUUUCAAGUCAUGGCGCCAAUCGAGGGCAUAAAUGAUGAAAAUAUUUUGAAAGGAUUAAAAGGUCUUCCAAAAAAGAUACGCCCAAAGUUUAUUUCUUCAAUUAUUCAAGCAGCUGUGAACUUCUCAGACGACAAAAUUGUUGAAAAUGAAAUAUCGGCAGAAAUUAAUGAUUUCUUUAGAAGUGGAGAAUUUGUGAAUGGAGUUCUGAGGUUGGUUUGCCAAGAAUGCAUUGAAAACAAGGAGGGACUACCGCCAGAUGGCAGAAUCCACAUGAUAAAAGAAAAUUUGAGUAGAAUGCGUAUGGUAUUUGUUCGUGAAAUGGAAAAAGUUUUUAGUUACAAAGACACGCAAAUCUACAGAAAGCCAUGCAUAAACUACCUUGAUUUGAAAGAAGACAAUGGAUAUCACAAAUGUACAAUAUACUCAAACAUAGAUGAAGAAAAUUAUUCCGAACAAAUAGUCAAACACAAUCUGGAUAACAUUUGCAGAUCUGUAAGAAAAUGCACAGGUUGUAAUUUCCACACUACAACUUUAGAUCUAGCUAUGAUUUGUUUGAACUUUAAGAGUCGUUCACAAAUUGAACCUUUUUUUAGAUGAAAAGAACAUUUCUUCCUUAAAUAAUACACAUAAGGAUACAACAAAUCAGCUUCCCAGACCUGGUGAUAUUCUAGAAAUUCGGUGGUAUAGCAUUUUAGACAAUGCAUUUAUAUCAUUUGAGCCUGGUGAAUAUGUGGCAUAUCUUUCU